AUGACUAGAGAGGAAGUGAAGCAUGUUAGAAACAUUGCUUAUGUUGUUGUAAAUGCUGAAGGGAAGUUGGAGAAUGUUGUUAGGUUGGUGGAGUCUAUUAUUGAUGCAGAGAAAGCUAAAUUCCGACAAAAAGGUGCAGUGAUAUAUUUAUUUGGAAGACAAAUGGCAAAUACAAGCCAAAAUUCUAUCCUUGCUAAUGUGAAUCAUGUAGAGAAGCCCGAAAAGUUCAAUAGUGCAGAGUUUAAAAGAUGGCAACAAAAAAUGCUCUUUUAUCUCACAACUCUAAAUUUGGCUAAAUUUUUUAAUAAGAAGGCUCCCAUCCUUAAUAAGAAUGAAACAGAUAGGACAACUGUAGCAGCCGUGGAUACAUGGAAACGUGAAGAUUUUUUAUGCAAAAACUACAUCCUCAAUGGUUUGGACGACACACUAUAUAAUGUGUAUAGUCCAAUUGAGACUUCCAAAGAAGUUUGGAAAUGCUUGGAUAAGAAAUAUAAAACUGCGGAUGCUAGCAUGAAGAAAUUUGUGGUUGGAAGGUUUCUAGAUUUCAAAAUGCCAGAUUCUAAAACUGUUAUGAACCAAGUACAACAACUCCAAUUGAUUCUUCAUGAAUUACAUGCUGAAAAGAUGACUUUAAGUGAGUCUUUUCAAGUUGCUGCUGUUAUAGAAAAGUUGCCACCUUCUUGGAAAUAUUUCAAGAACUAUUUGAAGCAAUAA